AUGUUCUGCCCCAGCGGGCAGCUUCUGCCUCCACCCAUCCGCCGGCCACAGAGCCCCAGCCUGCUCGUCGCUCCCAUGCCGCAUCCGCAGCAACCUCAAGCAAGCGGCGCCGUGAAGCUGGACGUAGGCAGGCCGCCCUGCCCCGCCCCGCCAGGUCCAGGCCCCCAUCAACCUGGCGCUCCAAAAACCUGCAGCCCCAAGCAGUUUGUUUGCAGUGAUCAGGUGACGUGCAUCUCAAAAGGUUGGCGGUGUGACGGGGAGAAGGACUGCCCGGACGGAUCGGAUGAGGCCCCAGAUGUCUGUCCUCAUAACCGUGUGUCGCGCUGUCCUCCUAAUGAACAUCAGUGUCUGGGUUCAGACUUGUGUGUUCACAUGAGCAAGCUGUGUAAUGGCGUCCCCGACUGCACUGACGGAGGAGACGAGGGGCCGCACUGCAGAGAACUGGCACUCAACUGUACUCUCACUGGUUGCCAGGACAACUGUGCUGUCACACGCAUCGGCCCCAUGUGCUACUGCAAGAGCGGCUAUGAGAUCAGCCAAGAUGGAAAGACCUGUAAAGAUUUUGAUGAGUGUACGGUGUACGGCACCUGCAGUCAGACGUGCACAAACACAGACGGCUUGUACACAUGCUCCUGUGUGGAAGGUUAUCUAGUUCAACCAGACAACCGCUCCUGCAAGGCCAAGAACGUGCCUGUGGACCGUCUCCCCGUGUUACUGAUCGCAAACUCUCAGAACAUCCAGAUCACGUCUCUGAGCGGCUCCAGCAGCCCAUCACUCUACAUAAGCACAAAACAGACCACAGCCAUGGACUUCCUGUACACGCAGGAAACAGUGUGCUGGAUCAAUGUGGGCGACUCCCCUGCGGGCACACGACUGAAGUGCGCUAAGAUAACAGGACUCAAGAGCUUUACAGAUGAGAGAACCAUCAACAUCUCCCUCAGCUUACACCAUGUAGAGCAGAUGGCGAUAGACUGGCUCACAGGAAACUUCUACUUUGUUGAUGAUGUGGAUGAUCGAAUCUUUGUAUGUGAUAAAGAUGGAACCACAUGUGUGACCCUGCUGGAUCAAGAACUCUACAACCCCAAAGGCAUCACUCUGGACCCAACUAUGGGAAAGGUUUUCUUCACCGACUAUGGGCAGAUCCCAAAGGUGGAACGCUGUGACAUGGAUGGACAGAACCGAACGAAGUUGGUGGACAGUAAAAUUGUCUUCCCGCAUGGCAUCACCCUGGACUUGGUCAACAGAUUGGUCUUCUGGGCCGAUGCUUAUCUGGACUACAUUGAAGUAGUGGACUAUGAGGGCAAAAACAGACACACCAUCAUUCAAGGCCUGUUGAUCGAGCAUCUUUAUGGUCUCACAGUGUUUGAGAACUAUCUAUAUGCCACAAACUCAGACAAUGCCAACAUGCAGCCUAAGACCAGCGUGAUCCGCGUCAAUCGAUUCAACAGCUCAGAUUAUCAGGUGGUCACCCGUGUCGACAAGGGAGGAGCUCUACAUGUUUACCACCAGAGACGCCAACCCCCUGUGCGGAGUCAUGCCUGUGAGCCGGAUCAGUUUGGGAAAGCCGGAGGUUGUUCAGACAUCUGUCUGUUGGGCAACAGCCACAAGAGCCGGACGUGUCGCUGUCGGUCUGGCUUCAGCCUGGGCAAUGAUGGCAAAUCAUGCAAGAAGCCUGAGCAUGAGUUAUUCCUGGUGUACGGGAAGGGUCGUCCAGGUGUUAUCCGUGGUAUGGACAUCAACCCUAAAGUUCAGGAUGAAUAUAUGAUCCCCAUCGAGAACCUGAUGAACCCUCGAGCUCUGGACUUCCAUGCACAGAGUAACUUCAUCUACUUCGCCGAUGCCACCAGUUAUCUGAUUGGCCGACAGAAGAUUGAUGGCACGGAAAGAGACAUCAUCCUUAAAGAAGGUAUUCACACUGUCGAAGGAAUCGCUGUUGACUGGAUGGCCAAUAAUCUUUACUGGACAGAUGAUGGUCCCAAGAAGACCAUCAGUGUUGCUCGGCUCGAGAAAGCUUCUCAGACCAGGAAGACUCUCAUUGAGGGCAAGAUGACCCACCCUCGAGCUAUUGUCGUGGACCCUCGGCACGGCUGGAUGUACUGGACUGACUGGGAGGAGGACCCAAAAGAGAGCAAGCGAGGGAAGAUUGAGAAGGCCUGGAUGGACGGAACCAACCGGAACGUUCUGUUGACGUCUAAGACGGUUCUGUGGCCCAACGGCUUGAGUCUGGACAUUCCUCAGGGCAUCCUAUACUGGGUGGAUGCUUAUUACGACCGAAUCGAGAUGGUCUAUCUCAACACCACUGCACGCAAGACGGUUUAUGAUGGACAGGAACUAAACCACGCCUUUGGCCUGUGCCACUACAAACACUUCCUCUUCUGGAACGAGUACCGCAGCGGCAGCAUCUAUAAAUUGGACCAGAACACCAAAACGGUCACUUUGCUACGCAACGAACGGCCACCCAUCUUUGAGAUCCGCAUGUACGAUGCCCAACAGCAGCUGGGAAGCAAUGCGUGUAGAGCCAAUAACGGCGGCUGUAGUAGUCUGUGUUUGGCCACUCCCAUUGGCAGGUCAUGUGCCUGCGCUGAGGACCAAUUACUGGACUCCGCAGACAACACCAGCUGUAAAGCAAACCCGUCUUACAUUCCCCCUCCGCAGUGUCAGCCGGGAGAGUUUGCCUGUAAGAAUAACCGCUGUAUUCAAGACCGCUGGAAAUGCGAUGGAGAUAAUGACUGUCUGGACAACAGCGACGAGACUGCUGAACUGUGCCAUCAGCACACGUGCCCUGCAGACCGCUUCAAGUGUCAAAAUAACCGCUGUAUCCCCAUGCGCUGGCUUUGUGAUGGAGACAACGACUGCGGCAAUAAUGAAGAUGAAUCUAACACCACAUGCUCAGCUCGAACAUGUCCUCCUAAUCAGUACUCGUGUGCCAGUGGCCGCUGUAUUCCCAUCUCCUGGACAUGUGACCUGGAUGAUGACUGCGGGGACCGCUCCGAUGAGCCUGCGUCCUGCGCAUACCCAACCUGUUUCCCGCUCACUCAGUUCACCUGCAAUAACGGACGCUGUAUCAACAUCAACUGGCGCUGUGAUAACGACAAUGACUGUGGUGACAACAGUGAUGAAGCCGGCUGUAGUCAUUCAUGCUCCAGCGCUCAGUUUAAAUGUAACAGCGGUCGCUGUAUACCCGACUACUGGACCUGCGACGGAGACAACGACUGUGGUGACUACAGCGACGAGACCCACGCCAACUGCACUAACCAGGCAACCCGUCCUCCCGGCGGCUGUCACACAGAUGAGUUCCAGUGUCGUGUGGAUGGUUUGUGUAUUCCCCUCCGCUGGCGGUGUGAUGGAGACACUGACUGCAUGGAUCUGAGCGAUGAGAAGAACUGCGAGGGUGUAACACACAUGUGUGAUCCAGCAGUAAAGUUUGGCUGCAGGGACUCUGCGCGGUGUAUCAGUAAGGCUUGGGUAUGUGAUGGUGACAGUGAUUGUGAAGAUAACUCUGAUGAAGAUAACUGUGAGGCGCUGGUGUGUAAACUCUCCCAUCACGUGUGUGCCAAUGACACCAGCAUUUGUCUGCCCGCCGAGAAACUGUGUGAUGGCAAAGACGACUGUCCCGACGGCUCCGAUGAGAAACUCUGUGAUCUGUGUUCUCUGGACAACGGUGGCUGCAGCCAUAACUGUACAGUGGCCCCGGGAGAGGGCAUUCUGUGCUCGUGCCCACUGGGAAUGGAACUGGGCACUGACAACAAGACGUGUCAGAUCCAGGGCUUCUGUGCCAAACACCUGAAGUGCAGCCAGCGCUGUGAACAGGACAAGUUCAAUGUGAAGUGUUCCUGCUAUGAUGGCUGGGCCCUCGAACCUGACAUGGAGAGCUGCAGGAGCACAGUAAAAGAAUACAAAAUCCUAUUCUGGACAGACUGGGAUGCCAGCAUGCCCAGGAUAGAGGCUGCGUCCAUGAGUGGACAUGGCAGGCGCACCAUCCAUAAGGAGACGGGCAGUGGAGGAUGGCCCAACGGACUGACUGUGGACUAUCUGGAGCGCCGCAUUCUGUGGAUCGAUGCCAGAUCUGAUGCGAUCUAUUCAGCUAAGUAUGACGGGUCCGGACUGAUCGAGGUGCUCAGAGGACACGAGUAUCUCUCGCACCCGUUUGCUGUGACGAUGUAUGGAGGAGAGGUUUACUGGACAGACUGGCGCACAAACACGCUGGCCAAGGCCAACAAGUGGACAGGAAACAAUGUCACUGUGGUACAGAGAACAAACACUCAACCUUUCGACCUGCAGGUGUACCACCCAUCUAGACAACCGCAAGCGCCAAACCCGUGUGCUGCUAAUGGUGGUUUGGGUCCAUGUUCUCACCUGUGCUUGAUCAACUAUAAUCAGACGUUCUCCUGUGCCUGCCCACACCUCAUGAGACUGAGUGAGGACAACCACACCUGCUACGAGUCGCGUCAGUUCCUGCUGUACGCCCGUCAGAUUGAGAUAAGAGGAGUGGACGUCUAUAAUCCGUACUACAACUACAUCAUCUCCUUCACUGUCCCCGACAUCGACAACGUGACGGUUGUGGAUUACGAUGCUCUGGAGCAGCGCAUCUAUUGGUCAGAUGUUCGGACUCACACAAUCAAGAGGGCCUUCAUCAACGGCACAGGAAUAGAGACGGUGGUGUCUGCAGAUAUUCCCAACGCACAUGGUCUGGCGGUGGACUGGGUGUCACGUAAUCUCUUCUGGACCAGCUAUGAUGGCAAUAAGAAACAGAUCAACGUCGCCAGACUGGACGGCUCCUUCAAAAACGCUGUUAUUCAGGGCCUGGACAAACCCCACUGCCUCGUGCUGCAUCCCAUACUGGGGAAGCUGUACUGGACUGACGGAAAUAACAUCAGCAUGGCCAACACUGACGGCACGAACCGUACCAUGAUCUUCAUCAAUCAGAAAGGACCAGUGGGUCUUUCCAUAGACUACGACACGGAGCACCUGUACUGGAUCAGCUCAGGAAACGGCACCAUUAACCGCUGUAAGCUGGACGGAUCAGGGCUGGAGGUGUUAGACGCCGUCAAAGGCAAACUCAACAAAGCCUCUGCACUGGCUAUCAUGGGUGAUAAGCUGUGGUGGGCAGAUCAGGGCACGGAUGAGAUCGGCACAUGUGAUAAGAGUGAUGGAGGAGACUGGAAGGUCUUGAGAAACAGCACGUCUCCCAUGAUGCACAUGAAGAUCUACAAUGAGACCGUGCAGACAGGUUCAAACAUGUGCAGUAACAACAAUGGUGACUGCUCUCAGCUGUGUCUGCCCACGUCUCCCUCCACCCGCUCCUGCAUGUGCACCGCGGGAUACAGCCUGAGGAGCGGACAGCAGUCCUGUGAGGGUGUGGGUUCAUUCCUGCUGUACUCUGUUCAUGAGGGCAUUAGAGGAAUCCCGCUGGACCCCGCUGACAAAUCUGAUGCCCUUGUACCAGUUUCAGGCACAUCACUUGCCGUCGGGAUUGAUUUUCAUGCCGACAAUGACACCAUCUUUUGGGUUGACAUGGGUUUGAGCACCAUCAGCAGAGCUAAGAGAGAUCAGACGUGGCGAGAGGACAUCGUCACUAAUGGCAUCGGUCGUGUGGAGGGCAUCGCUGUCGACUGGAUCGCCGGAAACAUCUACUGGACGGACCAGGGCUUUGAUGUGAUAGAGGUUGCCAGAUUGAAUGGCUCCUUUCGAUAUGUGGUCAUCUCCCAAGGACUGGACAAACCGCGGGCCAUUACUGUACAUCCUGAGAAAGGGUAUCUGUUUUGGACGGAGUGGGGACAGUAUCCACGCAUAGAAAGAUCUCGUCUGGAUGGAUCUAACAGAGCUGUGCUGGUGAACGUCAGUAUUAGCUGGCCCAACGGCAUCUCCAUUGAUUAUCAGGAGGGUUUGCUGUACUGGUGCGACGCGCGCACAGAUAAGAUUGAGCGCAUUAACCUGGAGACGGGUGAGAACAGAGAGGUGGUGCUUUCCAGCAACAACAUGGACAUGUUCUCUGUAUCUGUGUUUGAGAGCUACAUAUACUGGAGCGACCGGACUCAUGCGAAUGGUUCAAUAAAGCGCGGCAGUAAAGACAAUGCAACAGAUUCAGUAAGUCUGAGGACGGGCAUCGGCGUCCAACUCAAAGACAUCAAGGUCUUUAACAGAGCGCGACAACAAGGAACUAAUAUCUGCAAAAACAACAACGGUGGCUGCCAGCAGCUCUGUCUUUACCGUGGUAAUGGACAGCGAACAUGUGCUUGCGCUCACGGAAUGCUAGCCGAGGACGGUCAGAGUUGCCGUGACUACGACGGAUACCUGCUGUAUUCAGAACGCACGAUACUAAAGAGUGUGCACUUAUCAGAUGAAAACAACCUCAAUGCACCAAUCAAACCAUUUGAAGAUCCUGACCAUAUGAAGAACAUCAUCGCGCUAACGUUUGAUUACCGCGGAGGAGGUGGAAAAGGAGCCAAUCGGAUCUUCUACAGUGACAUCCACUUUGGAAAUAUUCAGCAGAUCAAUGACGACGGGUCAAAUCGGAAGACCGUGGUUGAGAGUAAGUUUCAAAUAAUGACGUCUUUCUACUUUCUGCUUGCUUGAUUUUUCCUGGAUGUUUUAUCUGUGUCAGUGACCUGUUUCUUCAAGGGUUCUGUCCAUUGUCCUGCUUUCUGUCCUUUUAGUUCCUGUUUUUUUUA